UCUGUGCAGCCGCGGGAAGUUGGGGCGGGGAAAAGCCAAAGAGCCCCUGCCCGCAGCAUCCGGCGGAAGCGAGCGCUAGGCCCGCCCCUAGGGGCGGAGCUUGCGACUGCGCAAGGCUGGUUUGCGGCUCCUUUUAGACGGUUCGGCGUCUCAUUGCUGCUAGCCUGUUCGGUGAGAGUUCCCAGGUUCUCUGUGCCCACACUGCCCGUAGCUGAUCCCAGAAAACACCAGGAAGCCGGAACUCGCCCUGCCUCGGUGACAGCUGCUCUACUGAGCACCCUGGAGCUGCUGAAGGACGUGCACCUGGGCCUGCCCGUGCCCUGCCCGGCUCCCGCCCGACUGGCCCUGCUCUCAGGCCACUACCUUUACUAUCACUACGGGUGCGAUGGACUGGAUGACCGUGGCUGGGGAUGUGGCUACCGUACCCUGCAGACGCUGUGCUCCUGGCCAGAGGGCCAGUCCUCGGGCGUGCCUGGGCUGGCAGCCUUGCAGGGAGCCCUAGAGGACAUGGGCGACAAGCCUCCAGGGUUCCGGGGUUCCCGGAACUGGAUUGGCUGUGUAGAGGCCAGUCUAUGCCUAGAACAUUUCGGAGGACUUCAGGGGCGCCUAUGCCACUUGCCCCGCGGAGCAGGGCUUAGGGGAGAAGUGGAGCGGUUGUAUUCACACUUCACAGGGGGCGGGGGCCCAGUAAUGGUGGGAGGAGAUGCAGAUGCCCAGUCCAAGGCCCUGCUGGGAAUCUGUGAGGGGCCAAGUAUGGAAGUCUAUGUCUUGAUACUGGACCCACACUACUGGGGAACUCCGAAAGAGCGUUGUGAACUGCAAGCUGCUGGAUGGGUGGGCUGGCAAAAGGCAAGCAGUGUCUUUGAUUCCAGUUCCUUCUACAACCUGUGCUUGACCAGACAGAUCUGAAUCAACACGCCCUGCCUGCACUGUUGGAUAGAUUCCAGAGCAGACUGAUCUCUGACACCUAUUUACUUCGCACAGGCUCCUGCAGCAGAGAAGUCUCUCAACAGCAAAACUUUGGGCCAGGCGCAAUGACACGGUCAGGUGACUGAGUUCAAAGCCAACCUGGUCUACACAGCAAGUUCUAGGCCAGCCUGAGAUUAGAUACUGUUCUGAAAAUGAUAAUAAAUCGACCUAAUUCAGCUUA